AUGGGGAUAAGAAAACCAAAUCCUCGCUAUGCGUUGUUGUCUCAUAAAGUCUCAUUUUCCAGACCACAAACGGUUACAGAAGCUCUGAAACAUCCUGGCUGGAAUGGAGCUAUGACAGAGGAGAUAAAUACUUGUGGCGUUACAAGGUCAUGGUCUCUGGUUCCAUAUACACCAGACAUGAAUGUUCUAGGUAGUAAAUGGAUAUUUACACAUAAGAUCAAAUAUGAUGGAUCACUAGAUCGACUAAAAGCUUGUAUAGUAGCUCAAGGUUUUGAUCAAGAGGAAGGAAUCGACUACUUGAAAACCUAUAGUCCUAUAGUUCGCUCAGCUACUGUUAGAGAGGUUCUGCAUCUAGCUACGGUUAUGGAGUGGCCGAUCAAACAAAUGGAUGUAAAGAACGCUUUUCUCCAUGGAGAACUCUCGGAAGUUGUUUACAUGAAGCAACCUGCAGGUUUUGUGGAUAAAGAAAAGCCUGAUCAUGUAUGCCUAUUGCAUAAAGCAAUCUAUGGAUUGAAACAAGCUCCCAGAGCAUGGUUUGAUAAGUUCAGCUCAUAUCUCUUGGAGUUUGGUUUCAUUUGCAGUGUGCGAGACCCGUCUAUGUUCAUCUACAUCAAGGACAAAGACAUUAUCAUUCUGCUUCUAUAUGUUGAUGAUAUGAUAAUCACUGGGAAUGCAUCAAAGCCAAUGGAAAAGUUCUUCUCUGAUCUGAAAUCUCAAUUUAUGAUGAAGGAUAUUGGUCAGAUGGAGUACUUUCUUGGUAUUCAGGCACAAUUUCAUUCAGAGGGGCUGUUCUUGUCUCAACAAAGAUAUGCUGAAGAUCUUCUCAUAGUAGCUGCUAUGAGUGAUUGUGCACCAAUGCCAACGCCUCUACCUUUGCAGCCUCAUCGAGUGCCUAAACAAGAUGUGUUGUUUGAAGAUCCUAAAUACUUUAGAAGUCUUGCAGGAAAGCUUCAGUAUUUGACAUUAACAAGACCAGACAUUCAGUUUGCUGUUAAUUUUAUUUGUCAGAAGAUGCAUUCACCAACAGUCUCAGAUUACAAUUUGUUGAAAAGAAUAUUACGAUAUGUCAAGGGAACCAUUACAAUGGGCAUCAAUUUCAGCAAAGGAACAAAUUUCACUCUGCGAGCUUAUAGUGAUAGUGACUAUAAUGGUUGCCCUGUUACAAGACGAUCUACGGGAGGUUAUUGCACAUACUUAGGCGCCAAUCUGAUUUCCUGGUCUUGCAAGAAGCAAGAAACUGUGUCUAAAAGCACAACUGAAGCUGAAUACAGAGCAAUGUCGGAAGCUGCUUCAGAAAUAACUUGGAUCAAUGCUGUGUUAAAGGAGUUGGGAGUGCCUGUCAUGACUACGCCGAAACUCUACUGUGACAAUCUCUCGGCGGUUUAUCUCACUGCCAAUCCGGCGUUUCAUGCUCGCUCUAAGCACUUUGAGACACACCACCACUAUGUCCGAGAAAGAGUUGCUCUUGGUUUAUUGGAAGUUCAUCACAUUCCGUCUCAUCAACAAAUAGCUGACAUCUUCACCAAGUCUCUGCCUGUGUCGAGUUUCACUUCACUGCGGUACAAACUUGGUGUGGAUGUCCCUCCUACACCAAGUUUGAGAGGGGCUGUUAAGAGAAGACCUCAGUUGGAGCUAAUACAAAACGACAGCGCUUCAAGUGUCAAGAAUAAGAAGCAAGUCCAACAAGCUUACAAGCCCAAAGAGAUUCAAAGUAAGUCCACCUUGGAAACAGUUGUGCUCCAACGGUCUUCUCCUGCAACAAGAAGACAAAACAGAGCAGAAGAUAAUAAAGCAGAGAAGACGGAUGCGAACUAUGCGCUAACUGCAAUCCCAAUGUACAACCGAUUUACUUUAUUGAAAGAAGAGUAG